CCGGCUCCGGUUGUUUCUUCAUACUCACUCUCUCUCUCUCUCUCUCUCUCUGUUGACGGUUCAAUCCGAGAGACUCCAGGCCGGGUUUGCCGCCCGUUCGUCCUCCGUGUUGCUUACAUUGUAUCAAUCUCCCAGCAUUGAAAUAUACAAACAGCCAUCAAGAUAUAGUAUAGAUUCAACAAAACCAAAUCAGGGAUUAAAACUGGAGUCGAAACCGGUUGAAAAUUGGAUUGUAUACCGGGGAGACGGAACAGAUCUUGAUCUCAAACCGGGGCCGAAAUUCAACCUAAAAUAGUCAUUUUAGCCGGUAUUUUUCAAUUUUGAACAGGAUCUCAAAGUGUGAUGGCUGCAGUCCAGUAAGCUGGCCUUUCCUUCUUGCCCUGCUGUUGGAUUUCUUUGGGGUUUCAUUUCAAGUAUUUUCGGCUCGUUUUAGCCCAUUUUUAAAAACUUCCCAGAUCUAUGGAGUGUACUUAAAUAUUAUUUGGUGGAUCGGGGUCGGAUGUGGGGGGAAAAAUGUGGGUAACUAGGGUGGGGAUACCGAGACCCUAAGGCAGCUAUACCCCCCCAGUUUUCUCAGAAGGCGUGGGACCUCACUGUGGCAAGCCUGGGCCGCUGGCACUAAGAUGUCCCUAAGCAGUGGCACUGCAGGCGGGAAAGGUGUGGACUCGAAUGCGGUGGACACUUACGAUAGCGGCGAUGAGUGGGACAUCGGCGUCGGCAAUUUGAUCAUCGACCUCGACGCCGAUCUAGAGAAGGACCAGCAAAAACUGGAAAUGUCCGGAGCCAAGGAAGGAGGAGGCAUGGCAGCUCCAACCAGCGCUGUGGCAGCCCUGCCCGAUAACAUCAAGUUUGUUAGCCCUGUGCCCACCCCCCAGGGCAAGGAGAGCAAGUCUAAAUCAAAGAGGAGUAAGAACUCCAAAGACAGUGGCAAGGCCUCUUCAGGCGAGGGGGGCAAGAGGGACUCCCAAGUGCGCCCCCUUGGGGAUAGCACGACAUCCACGGGCACGGCAGGUUCCAACAACCCCCCGACCAGCAAAGGCACGGAUAAAAGUGCCAAAGCCUCCCGCAGCGCCCCUAGUGGCAAGAAGGAGAGCAGUUCUGGGAAAAACAAGAAGGAUAAAACUGAAGGAGCUGCAAGCUCCAUUGAAAAGGAGGCCAGCGUCCAAGGCCUGGCUUUAGCUGCCAGAGGUGGGCAGUUUGAGGUCCCUCCGAGCUCAGACUUGGCAGGAGUCGAACAGCUUGGGAAUAUGGCUGUUGAAUCCAGUGGGAUUGCAGCUCCAUUGGGAAUUAAAACUGAACCCGAGGAGCUGAACAAUGAAUCCCGGACACUGAAGAAAGUUAAAACAGAAAAGAUGGAGUCUCCAGUCUCCACGCCUGCCCCUCCCCCACUGCACCUCCUGGCUCCUGUGGGAAACAAUGACAUCGCCUCCCCCUGCGAGCAGAUCAUGGUGCGCACGCGCUCUGUCGCCGUCAACACCUCCGAUGUUGCCUUGGCAACAGAGCCAGAGUGUUUAGGACCCUGUGAACCUGGGACCAGUGUUAACCUGGAAGGAAUCGUUUGGCAGGAGACGGAAGAUGGAAUGCUUGUGGUCAACGUGACCUGGCGGAACAAGACCUACGUGGGGACGCUGCUGGACUGCACGAGGCACGACUGGGCCCCGCCACGGUUCUGUGAGUCGCCCACCAGCGACCUGGAGAUGAGGAAUGGCCGGGGGAGGGGAAAGCGGAUGCGGCCCAAUAGCAACACUCCUGUGAACGAGAACAGCAACUCGUCCGACACCAAGGGCAGCAGUGGUGGCAGCAAGACACGGGCAGGCUCCAACAGCAAGGGCCGUCGCGGGAGCCAGACCUCGUCGGAGCACCGCACACCGCCCAACAGCAACACCGAGGACGUCAAGGCCAGCCCGUCCUCGGCCAACAAGCGGAAGAGCAAGCCGGCCUCGGACAUGGAGCCCAACUCCAGCUCGGAGGACACCAAGGGGAGCAAGCGCAUGCGCACCAACUCCAACAGCAGCGUGCCCCCUCCGGCCAUGCCCGUGCCUGCCGUGAAAUGUGAGCCCCUUCCACCAGCCGUCGACCGCAACUGCCCUUCGCCCGUCCUCAUCGACUGCCCGCACCCCAACUGCAACAAGAAGUACAAGCACAUGAAUGGCUUGAAGUACCACCAGGCUCGCGCCCAUAAUGAUGAGGGCAUUAAGCAGGAGAUGGAUGGGGACAGCGAGUACGGGGAGGACUCUACGCUUCAUCCUGAGCCUGGGAGUUGUAACGGAGCCUCUGUUUCCCAAAAAGGAUGUCUUUCACCAGCACAGUCUCUUACGCCAAAAGGCAGAGGCUUUGAAGGCCAUAGCCCGUCCCCUUCGCCUGGAAAGUUCAGCUCUAAGCAAUCCAGCAAGAAGAAGUCCUGUGACACAGACCAGGAAUCUGUUGGGGUCCCCAUAGAUGGUUCUGAAGAUGGGCCCUGCCUCACGGACGAGGCUAGUAACGACGGUAUGGAUGACAAGAAAGGGUCUGACAAGGACAAGUCAAAGAAGCCCAAUAGUGGGAGUGCCAAGCCUGACAAGGUCCAGCAAAAGAGUUUGAAGUCGGCCAGACCCAUAGCCCCAGCCAUACCUCCCCAGCAGCUCUACACUUUUCAGACAGCUACCUUCACCACAGGCAGCCCGGGUUCCUCUCCAGGCUUGACCACCACCGUUGUCCAGGCCAUGCCCAAGAGCCCUCAGCUGAAAGCCAUCCAACCCAAGCCCACUGUGAUGGGAGAGCCCUCCACUGUGAACCCAUCUUUGAACAGCUCCAAGGACAAGAAGAAGAAGGACAAGAAGAAAAAAGAGAGUAAGGAUGCGGACAGUCCCAAUCCUUCUGGUAAAGGAGGAAAGCCAGAGGAAGGAAAGAGCCCUUACUCUGAGUCUUCUGAUCCUGGGAGCAAGAGCGACGGGAUGUUGAACGGUUCUUCAGAUCCCCACCAAAGCCGCCUGGCCAGCAUCAAGGCCGAGGCAGACAAGAUCUACAGCUUCUCGGACAACGCUCCUAGUCCGUUGAUAGGUGUGGCUAGCCGGCUUGACAGCACUGGCAUGGUCCAGCCAAUGGCUCCUCUUCAUGUGGUGACCCAAAAUGGUGCGGACAAUUCUUCGGUCAAGACAAAUAGCCCAGCUUACUCUGAUAUUUCCGACGCAGGGGAAGACGGGGAAGGCAAAGCAGACAGUGUAAAGGCCAAGGCAGACGACCAGGCCGUGAGGGAAGGGGCUAAGAAAGCCCUCUUCCCUUCCCAAACCCCUAGCAAGGAGUCUCCUUUCUAUUCAGGCUACGAAGCUUACUAUUCUCCUAACUACACCAACCCCAGCCCUGGGGCUUCCAAUUCUAGCACUUCGCUGGCUGAAGGCCAGCCUGUAAAAGUAAAGAAAGAGGAGGAACCGGAACCCAUCGACACAAAGGUGAAAGUGGAACCUCCUGAAGAGCGGAAGCCUGAAGUAAGCAUGCCUUGCCAACAGCAGCAGCCCUCUGUCAUACAACAACGCUCCAACAUGUACAUGCAACCCCUGUACUACAACCAGUAUGCAUACGUCCCACCCUAUGGAUACAGCGACCAGGCAUAUCACGCCCACUUGAUGGCUUCCAAUCCAGCUUACAGGCAGCAGUACGAGGAGCAUCAGAGGCAGAGACAAGCCACUGAGCAGCACCGCGCGGCCGAGAAGAAAUCAGACAUGGCCAUGAGAGAGAGGGAGGCAGCCAUGAAGGAGGAGUGGAAACAGAAGGCCUCCAUCCCUCCCACUAUCUCGAAGGCCCCCAGCCUCACGGACCUCGGCAAGCCGGCGCCAACGAGCAAGCCUAAAGACUCUGAUUCAGAGCCGGCAAAGUCAGUCAUAAUCCCCAAGGUGGAGGACUCUUCUUCCUCCUCCUCAUCUUCCUCUUCCUCCAAGAUCCAGUCCCAGCAGGCAGAGGGGCUGAAGAUGAAGCUGAGCGAGGGCAGCCAUCAUAGCAAGGAGAUGUCCGAGGCGAGGUCCAGCAUGGAGUCUAGCAGGCAGCCUGCAGUGGACCAGGCCAUGUGGUACAGACAGGAGCCCGACUCCAGAAUGUGGCCCUACGUCUAUCCUAACAAGUACCCCGAUUCUCAGAAGCAGGAAGAGGAGCAGCGGUGGAAGGAGGAACGCGAGCGAGAGCGCAAGGGGAAGGAGGAGAGGCCCAGGCCCAAGGAGACUGCCCCCAAGGAGGAGAACAAAGAGAGCAUGGACCCCCGACUAGCCAUGCCCCCGUCGGAGGACCAUCGUAGCAAGGACCCCCGGUCCACCGCCCACAUGCAGUUCACCUCCCACCUGGCGCAGCACCAGUCCUACAUGCCCUACAUUCACGGGUACCCCUACGCACAGGGAUACGACCCCAAUCACCCAGGCUACAGGGGCAUGCCCUCCGUCAUGAUGCAGAACUACCCAGGUUCCUACCUGUCCUCGGGCUACUCCUUCUCCCCCUAUGGCAAUAAGAUGCCAGGCAGCGAGGAGGGAGAGAAGUCUCGAUCCAGCCCCACGGUGAGCAGUAAAUCCAGCUCCGAGUCCAAGGCCCUGGAUAUCCUGCAGCAGCACGCCAGCCAUUACAAGAGCAAGUCUCCCACUGUGAGCGACAAGCAGGCCCACGAGCGGGAGCGAGCGGAGAGGGAGAGAGAUGAGCGGCCACGCUCCUCCCCAUCACAACGCCUGAUGGCCUCACACCACCACCUGGGCUACCCGCUGCAGUACGAUCUACCCUACGCAGCAGGCCUCUCAUCUUCAGCCAUCAUUGCCAGUCAGCAGGCCUCAGCCCCUUCAUUAUACCCACCGCCGAGGAGGUGAGACAGGGAGAGACCUGAUUGGAUCACCUCCAUGUUGAAACGUGUCAUGUGACUGGAUCACAUGAGGAAGCUUGUGGCGUUCAUUUAGCAUCAGUUAAAUGGUGUUUCUAUUUUUUCGUUGCUGCCAUAAUGUCGGGCAGACUUGUCAGCCUUCUAGCAUCUACUUCUUAACUCUGGACUUUGAGAGCUGGUACAAACAAUAAAUCACAAAGCCAUCUGCGUUGAUUAUUACACACAGAAAUAGCCACUAAACCUGGUCUUUGCACUGUGGACACAAUGAACACAAAAAACUAAAAACAAACCUGAAAAGACUAUUCUUUUGAUAGCAUUGUUUUUACAUCAACAGCAGCCGACAAGUCCCUACAGGAAUUGUUGGCUGAACCGAGCCUUAGUUUCCCACUUUCCACUGAACAGACGCUGCACCCCUUCUCCGAAGACCACAGAGCUUUUCUGCCGUCCAUCCGAUACAGACAACAUGUUUGCUGGCCAAGGGUUGUGUUGUUGAAGCCCCUCACGCAGUGGUGUCUGUGCAAGCUGAAGCCAUUUCGAGAUCUUGCAAAAUGCAUUCCGAGAUAUCUGAAACAUUUCAACAAAUCAAAACCCCCUCUUUUUUUAGAUAUUUUAAAAAACACUGCGUAGUUCAGGAGUUUAAUCUUGAAUUUGAAAUAUCUUUAAAUGAGCUGCAGCAGGUAUAUUUUGUGUGUGUGAAUAAGAUGCCUGUGAAUAGUUACCAUAUAUAAAUAUAUAUAUUCUCAAAGGAGAAUGAGAUAUCUUUAGGUUUGUUUUAUCUUAAAUUAAUGGUGAUUUCUCUGUAUGACUGUUUUUGCUUUUCAUAGACAUCCUGUUUUUAUUUUUUUUGUGAACUGUCUAGCCGAGGUGGCUUACAGACAUGAACCCAUCACGGUUUACAACAAUGUCUGUGCGUCCGUUAUCCACUGUGCUAGUGCUGGCCGUUUUAAAAGGGAUAGUCUGUGCAACUAUUACUUCUGCCUGUUUAAGUGCAAUGAUCCACUGGAUUGUGCUUGGGCUUGUCACCUUCUGAGCCACACACAUUACAGAGUUUUAAGUCAUGUGUUAUAAAGGGAGUGCACAACAGGGGGGGCAGUUGAGUAAAAAUAAACAUGGUCAAAUGAGUAUCACUUGUUGGGGACCUUCCACAUAGUUACUCCAGUUGCCAGUACCAUGCAGUUGAAAGGAAACACCAGAGGAAAACCAGUGCAACAUCCCAAUGCCUCUGGAGUUGAAAUCAAUUACAUUUCAUUAACAGUUUAGGGAUUAUCACAGGGAAAUAGUUCCAUUUUUUUCAGGUGUACAGAUUCAAGAAAUGGGUGUGGCUGAGAACUAUGGGAGUUGUAGUUUUAAAUCGGCGCUAAAUAAAGAUGGCAGAGCUUGUCGGCCCCCACUAUCCACCGUUCGUUCUUCUGAUUGUAAAACAGUAUGUGUGUUUUCUUUUUUUUUUUUCUUUUUUUUUUUUUUACUGCAACAUGGUGGCUGGUCGUCUUGUAAAAUCACCUUCAAUUUGAAUAAAAAAUCAGAAAUCUGUUUUUUAAAUAGCUGUUUAUUUGUAACAAUGGUUCUGUGCCAGGGAAUAUGUAUUUUAGGAAGUUUAUUACAUUUGCAAUCCGCCCAGUCAUUGCGGAAGGAGCAAAUAAAGGUACCCUUCUCAGUUUCAGUAGUGGAGGUUUUGCACUAGUCUUAAAUGAAGUCUGAAAUAUUGAGGUUCAUACCUGGUUUUAAUUCAAUAGCAGUCAUAGCCUUUUUGUAACACGCAGUUUUGAAUCCUCAGAUAGUCUAUAAUGAUUAUGUACACAAUUGGAGGUAAUCUCCACCAGGAAUCUGUAUUCAAUACACAUGAGGCUAAAUGGCUAAAUCCAUUACACUGUGGUAGUAUAACUGAUAUUGCAUUGCCUGCCUUGGAAAAGUCUAGGAAACUCCUUUGUGUACACAUGGAAUUCAUCACCUCUAAAUAGCCUUUUCAUCACUAUUUCUCUUUGUGCAUUUUGUAGCACUGAAAGCAUUAUCCAGCUGUGUGUGUGUUCUGCAUACUAAGAUAUUCCAGAGUUUGUAUCUCUCUCUCUCUCUGUCCCCCACAUUUUUUCUUUUCCACACACGAUGUGGUUUUUGUAUAUAUUGUACAGAGGAAUUAUUUUAAAAAGCUGUCGGAUGCUAUUGAAAACCCCUUACCUUUUUUGUAAAAAGAACAGUAGCUGGCUAACAACUUUCUCUCUGCAGUGCUGUGAUUUUAAUUUUUUUUGUCCUUUUCUUUUUUAACCCUUAUUUUUGUACAGUUUUGUGCCCGUCUAAAAACCUCAAAAUGAGAGCCACUGUUUUUACCCUACCUCCGUACAGGUGUCCCUUUUUAGGUAAGAAUUUGGAAGGUGGGAAGGAGUCAUUCAAAAAUGCUAGUGCUCCCCAAGUUCCUUGUUGCAGUAGCCAUGGUCAGUGUCAUUGUCACUACAUGCUUUCCCUGGUUUUUAUUUAUGUUGUGAGAUGAUCAUAGGGCCAGUCGUAAAUAUUAUUGAUAUGCAGGAUGUUCAGAGUCAGAAAGGCACUUUGCAUGCUGUUGUGAGAGAAAACAAAAAACACAUUUCCAAACUGAUUUUGAAGUAUCUGACGAGAGAAGUCUCAAACUUCUCCAUUCUGCUGUUUUUAAUAUUAUCUUUACGGUAAGCAGUUAAUGCAGUGCCAGCUACAGCGCCCUAUGUGUACUGUAGGUUGUUAGUGCUAGAAUAUUGUAGCAUACUUUGCUGCCUUAACCUGCCACCUGUUUUUUUUUUUUUUCUUCUCCACAACAGCAACACAGUGGAUUUACAAUCCAAACUAUAUGUUUAGAGGGUUUGUCACUGAAUAGCCUGGUCUCGGUUUAUAUUUACAGAUAUUUGGGCCUGUGGUAGGCAGUUGUAUGAAAUCUCCUCUUCCGCUCCCUAAAUGUUCCCCUAAAGAACUCAUAAAGGCAGCCUGUUUUUAGGAGGUUUUAACUUUUAAAGUGGAGAAAAAACGUAAGAAUUGCAUUGUGUGUAAUAUACUGUUGGGUUCAUGUUUAUUACAUUCAUAUUUGAAAGUGAAACGUUUGAAGGGCUAAGUAUCAAAGUGGCAUAUCCUUUUUUUUUUUGAGAAGCAAGUCUAAAAUCUGAAGCUGAACUAUAUUUUCUUUUUUUUGUUUUGUCUUCUGAACCAGAGCCUUUGUUUGCUGCUCUCUUCAGGAUGUGAUGUUUUUACACUGCUAUGGGGUAUACAGUACUGAGGUACAUUUAUACAUAAAAGAAGUGGAAUUGCGGUGGUCUAAGAAUGUCAUAACAAAGUUUCCAAACUGAGGGAUGCCACUUUUCUACUUAUCCUUUGCUUUGCUUGGAUGUUGCCUAGCAACCCCAACUAUAGACUGUACCAGGCUGUAACUCUGAUGUGCCGCCCUCUUUAGAUUUAUGUUGGCUGAGCCCAGGUGAAUUUGGUGCUUCUGUAGUGUCGGAGCAUUUCCUCUGUAUGAAAGCGGCACCAGUGGGCCAUGAGAGUGCAGUGGUAAAUAAAUUGACCACCGGUCCGAAGCAUUGAAGGCUGUAUUCCAAAACAAGGGACUCUCAACUUAUCUUAACCCCUCACAGUCUAAAUCUCCCAUGUCAACUAUAUCUGCAGAUGCUACUGUGAUUUCAAGUUUUGUAACUACAAAACAAGAAAACUGUCAUAUUAAUGGUGAACUCUACACAAUCUUAGUUAUUGAAACUGAUCAUUUUACCUCAGAGAGAAUAGUGACCGUCAGGUGGACAUUGAGGGUGGAUAGGUGUAUGCAAUAUUACAGUGGAAAGAAGGUCUCUACAAAGCCUUGGUUUUGGUAUACAGUAUAUGGUAUUCAGCCGUGUGUUAUUUUGGAUGUUGGCUGCUGAAUUGGUAUGCCCUUCAAUGCUUGUGACAUUCUGCUUUUGUGCAAGCUCUACUAAAAUAGGUGUAUAGAUAUACCAAUUUCUGACAGUCAACAAAGUCGUGCAACCCCACCAGCUGCUAAAUUUGCACCUGCUCUGGUCAAUUUUUCAAUUGUUUCUCUUACCUUACUUCAACAAAAAUGUAAUGAAAUGUGCCACCAGAUGGAAUAGAAUGGGUUUCGGAGCAGUAUAAACAAUAAAGGAAAUCUACAAGUUAAUGUUUAUGCUGACUAGAAAUCUUUUUCAGUUUUUCAUGUUUUUUUUAAGAUCCAGGUUCAACCCAGUUCUGUUGGUAGUAACUUAACAAUGCGUUUACCUUUGCACCCAGAAUCACAAAGCUGUUGUAAGGGUGCUACAGAUAGGAAGAAAGCGCAUGGUUUCAAUGUGUGUGAAUAUAUUUCCCUGAUGGCAGAGCCAUUGCUCAGCCCUGUUUGGAAAUGGUGCUUUGACAGACGUCACUUACCAGCAAGGGAAGUGUUCUGUUACUGCGGAUUUCGUUUUGCUUUCUAAAAAUCCGUGCGGUUAUGUUUGUUUGUUCGUUCCUUUUUCUCUCCUGACCGCCCUCCCAGUCAAACACAGGGGUGAUGGAACUCGUAACCAUCAUCGGUACUUGAAAGGUAGAUGUUUACAGAGUUUUUCAUUUUCUUUUUGUUUUUUGAUUGCUGCGUUUUGAUUUUACCCUCUCCAAGUUUUCUCUAUGUAAAGUGUACAUUACCAUGUUUCUUUUUUUUUUUUAUACAAUACUGUAACUUGCCUUUGUACAUUUAGGCAAACAAAAAUAAAUCUUUUUAUGAGACAAUCA